GGGAGGAGAGAGAGAGAGAGAGUCUGAAAUAUACAAUGACGGAGAGAAAGUGAUAAUGUUCGUUUCUCCAUCGCUCCAGCCGGGCAGCCUUGUUGGCUCCUCUCCUCACGGACAGUGUGUGUCUGUGUGUGUGAGUGUGAGUGUGUGUGUAUGAGUGUGAGUGCGAGUGUGUGAAAGUGGGUGUGAGGAGCUGAGCGAGUCGGUCGCUGUGCACGUUGAGAGCGGCCGCCACUCCACUACUCUCCGCUCAUCCAUGCUGGAUUAAAAAAACAGAAAACCCCUUUUUGGACUUGUACACACAGCUGUUUGGGACACACACACACACACACACACUCUCACAGCUGCUGAGAUGAGCGAGGAGGCUAAAGAGAAGGCUACGGGGAAGUCGGCUCAUCGCAAGAAGAAAGGAAAGAAGACGGAUGUAAAUGCCUGUUAUCUGCGAUCAGCUCGGGCCGGGAACCUGGAGAAAGCUCUGGACUACCUGAAGAAUGGAGUCGACAUCAACAUAUGCAAUCAGAACGGCCUGAACGCUCUUCAUCUGGCCUCAAAGGAGGGACACGUGGAGGUGGUGGCUGAACUCAUCAAGCAGGGCGCCAACGUGGACGCAUCAACCAAGAAAGGAAACACAGCGCUGCACAUAGCUUCUCUCGCCGGACAGACGGACGUGGUGAAGGAGCUGGUGACUCACGGAGCCAACGUCAAUGCACAGUCUCAGAAUGGCUUCACUCCGCUCUACAUGGCGGCGCAGGAGAACCACAUGGUCGUGGUCCAGUACUUAUUGGACCACGGCUCCAGUCAGAGCAUCGCCACCGAGGACGGGUUCACUCCCCUGGCGGUGGCGCUGCAGCAGGGCCACGACCAGGUGGUUUCCCUCCUGCUGGAGAACGACACCAAGGGGAAGGUCCGCCUCCCGGCGCUGCACAUCGCCGCCCGCAAGGACGACACCAAGGCCGCCGCCCUCCUCCUCCAGAACGACCACAACGCCGACGUGGAGUCCAAGAUGAUGGUGAAUAGAACAACAGAGAGCGGAUUCACUCCUCUUCACAUCGCGGCCCACUACGGAAACAUCAACGUGGCAACGCUGCUGCUGAACAGGGGAGCAGCUGUGGACUUCAAGGCGAGGAACGACAUCACGCCGAUGCACGUGGCGUCCAAACGAGGGAACGGCAACAUGGUGCGACUGCUGCUGGAGAGGGGCUCCAAGAUAGAUGCACGGACCAAGGACGGUCUGACUCCUCUUCACUGUGGAGCCAGGAGUGGUCACGAGCAGGUGGUGGAGAUGCUGCUGGACAGAGGAGCUCCGAUACUGUCAAAGACCAAGAACGGGUUGUCUCCUCUCCACAUGGCGACGCAGGGCGACCACCUGAACUGCGUCCAGCUGCUGCUGCACCACGAGGUGCCGGUGGACGACGUGACCAACGACUACCUGACCGCGCUGCACGUGGCGGCCCACUGCGGACACUACAAGGUGGCAAAGGUCAUCGUGGACAAGAAGGCCAACCCCAACGCCAAGGCUCUGAAUGGUUUCACGCCGCUGCACAUCGCCUGUAAGAAGAACCGAGUCAAGGUGAUGGAGCUACUUCUGAAGCAUGGAGCAUCCAUCCAGGCCGUCACAGAGUCGGGUCUGACUCCGAUCCACGUCGCUGCAUUUAUGGGACAUGAAAACAUCGUCCACCAGCUGAUCAACCACGGAGCUUCACCAAACACAAGCAAUGUGAGGGGGGAGACGGCGCUCCACAUGGCGGCGAGGGCGGGACAAUCAAACGUGGUUCGAUACCUGGUCCAGAACGGAGCUCGAGUGGACGCCAAGGCCAAGGACGACCAGACGCCGCUGCACAUCUCGAGCCGCCUCGGCAAACAGGACAUCAUCCUCCAGCUGCUCGCCAACGGGGCGCACCCGGACGCCACCACCAGCUCCGGGUACACACCGCUGCACCUGGCCGCCCGGGAGGGACACCGGGACGUGGCCGCCACGCUGCUGGACCAGGGAGCGAGUCAGGGCGUCACCACCAAGAAGGGCUUCACUCCGUUACACGUGGCAGCAAAGUACGGGAAGAUCGAGGUCGCCAACCUGCUGCUGCAGAAGAGCGCUCCGGCCGACGCAGCUGGGAAGAGUGGACUAACUCCACUGCAUGUGGCAGCGCACUAUGAUAACCAGAAGGUGGCGCUGCUCCUGCUCGACCAGGGAGCCUCACCGCACGCUGCUGCAAAGAACGGUUACACGCCGCUCCACAUCGCGGCGAAGAAGAACCAGAUGGAGAUCACCACCACGCUGCUGGAGUACGGCGCCUCCACCAACACGGUGACGCGUCAGGGAAUCACUCCGCUGCACCUCGCGGCGCAGGAAGGAAACGUGGACAUCGUGACGCUGCUGCUGGCUCGAGACGCUCCGAUCGACACGGGCAACAAGUCUGGUCUGACUCCGCUCCACCUGGCGGCUCAGGAGGAUAAAGUCAACGUGGCCGAGGUCUUAGUCAACCACGGAGCAACUGUUGACCCUGAGACCAAGCUGGGAUACACUCCUCUUCAUGUGGCCUGCCACUAUGGGAACGUGAAGAUGGUCAACUUCCUGCUGAAAAAUCAGGCGAAGGUCAACGCCAAGACCAAGAACGGUUACACUCCUCUGCACCAGGCUGCACAGCAGGGACACACACACAUCAUCAACUUACUGCUGCAUCACGGAGCAUCGCCCAACGAGCUCACCACUAAUGGAAACAGUGCUCUGUCCAUCGCCCGGAGGCUCGGCUACAUCUCUGUGGUGGACACACUCAAAGUGGUCACAGAGGAAACUCUGACCACUCAGACGGUGACGGAGAAGCACCGGAUGAACGUUCCAGAGACGAUGAACGAGGUGCUGGACAUGUCCGACGAUGAAGUCCGUAAAGCCAAUGUCCCCGAAAUGAUCACAGAGGACUAUUUAUCUGAUGUGGAAGAAGGUGACGAUGCCAUGACGGGGGACACAGAUAAAUAUCUGGCCCCCCAGGACCUGCGGGAGCUGGGGGACGACUCGCUCCCUCAGGAGGGCUACAUGGGCUUCAGCGUCGGGGCCCGGUCUCAGAGCCUGCGUUCCUUCAGUUCUGAUAGGUCCAACACGCUGAACCGCAGCUCCUUCACCCGGGACAGCAUGAUGAUCGAGGAGAUGCUGGCGCCCAAUAAGGAGAUGCACUUGGCCGUGGCCAAGGACUUUGACAGCGACUCCUUGAGGAGGUACAGCUGGACAGGAGACGCUCUGGACAACGUCAACCUCGUCUCCUCGCCGAUACACUCUGGGUUCCUGGUCAGCUUCAUGGUCGACGCCAGGGGCGGCUCCAUGAGGGGAAGUCGCCACAACGGCAUGCGCAUCAUCAUCCCGCCGAGGAAGUGCACGGCGCCCACCAGGAUCACGUGUCGACUGGUGAAGAGGCACAAGCUGGCGUCGCCUCCUCCGAUGGUGGAAGGAGAAGGCCUGGCCAGCCGAUUGGUCGAGGUCGGUCCGGCGGGAGCUCAGUUCCUCGGGCCAGUGAUAGUGGAGAUCCCUCACUUUGGCUCGAUGCGGGGCACGGAGAGAGAGCUGAUCCUGCUGCGCAGCGAGAACGGAGAAACCUGGAAGGAGCAUCUGUACGACUCUAAGAACGACGACCUCAACCAGCUGCUGAACGGGAUGGAUGAAGAACUGGACAGUGCCGAUGAGCUGGAGAGGAAGAGGAUAUGCCGCAUCGUCACUAAGGACUUCCCCCAGUACUUUGCCGUGGUGUCUCGGAUCAGACAGGAGACCAAUCACAUGGGACCAGAGGGCGGGACGCUGUGCAGCCGGAGCGUCCCAUUGGUUCAGGCCUCCUUUCCUGAGGGGGCGCUAACCAAGAAGAUCAAAGUUGGACUUCAGGCUCAACCGGUCCCCGAUGACACCGUAAAGAAAAUCCUCGGUAACAGAGCAACCUUCAGUCCUAUCGUUACCGUGGAGCCCAGGAGACGGAAGUUCCACAAACCAAUCACCAUGACAAUCCCAGUCCCGCCCCUCUCGGGGGAGGGGCUUUCCAACGGCUACAAGGGAGACUCCACCCCCUGCCUUCGCCUUCUCUGCAGCAUUACAGGUGGAACGUCCCCGGCACAGUGGGAAGACAUCACCGGCACAACUCCUCUCACCUUCAUCAGUGACUGCGUCUCCUUCACCACCAAUGUUUCUGCCAGGUUCUGGUUGGCCGACUGUCACCAGAUCCCGGAGACGGUGGGUUUGGCCAUGCAGCUGUACAGGGAGCUGAUCUGCGUGCCCUACAUGGCCAAGUUCGUAGUGUUCGCUAAGAUGAACGACCCGGUGGAGUCCAGACUGAGGUGCUUCUGCAUGACGGACGACAAGGUGGAUAAGACCCUGGAGCAGCAGGAGAACUUCGAGGAGGUGGCCAGGAGCAAAGACAUAGAGGUUCUGGAGGGCAGGCCCAUCUACGUGGACUGCUACGGAAACUUGUCUCCUCUGACUAAGUCUGGUCAGCAGCUAGUUCUCAACUUCUACGCCUUCAAGGAGAACCGGUUGCCCUUCUGCGUCAAGGUGAGGGACCCGAGCCAGGAGCCCUGCGGUCGUCUCACUUUCCUCAAAGAGUGUAAGAGCAUGAAAGGUCUCCCGCAGACGGCCGUGUGCAACCUGAACAUCACGCUUCCCGCGGUGAAGAAGACUGAAAAGCCAGAGCGACGUCAUACCUUUGCAUCUCUAGCCUUACGUAAGCGCUACAGCUAUCUGGCCGAGCCUGCACUGAGCCCUCAGAGUCCCUGUGAGAGGACAGACCUCCGCAUGGCCAUAGUGGCCGACCACCUCGGACUCAGCUGGACCGAGCUGGCCAGGGAGAUGGAAUUCCCUGUGGAUGAAAUCAACUACAUCCGAGUGGAAAACCCGAAUUCCCUGACAGCGCAGAGUUUCAUGCUCCUAAAGAAAUGGGUGCACAGGGAUGGUAAAAAUGCCACAACGGACGCUUUAACUGCGGUGCUGACUAAGAUCAAUCGGUUGGAUAUUGUGACUUUGCUGGAAGGGCCCAUAUUUGACUACGGUAACAUUUCAGGCACACGCUGCUUUGCCGAUGAUAACGCAGUAUUCCCGGAUCAGUCCGAUGGGUACCACAAUAUAGAUCUGGAGCUGCAAACCCCCACAGACCUGAACUACCAGCCCCCCACCCCGCUGCGCUCAGAAGGCUUCUUUAGCGAAGGCGAGUUUAGCGUAGAUUCCCCUAGCAAGACCACGCUCACUAGACCUAGCGACCUCUCGCUCACACAGACCACCAGUACCUCCAGCACCACCCCCCCGACCGUCUGUGCCCCGGAGCCCCCCAUCGUUGGGGCAGAAGACACGACCCUGACCGCUAGAGAAAGAGAGGAAGAGACGACGGGAGUGGCUUCUUAUGAGAGGCCAGGUAAUGACAGAAGAACAGUAGAGAAAUCAGGAACAGGGACGGAGGCAGGGCGAGAUGUUGCUUUGGAGGAACACCAAGAAGCAGGUGCUGCCUCAGACUCUCUUUACGGGAACGGACGGCAGGAUGAAGAGGAAGAAGAGGAGGAGGAGAUGACCCAGGAGAGGCUGCAGAGUCUGCUGGAGGACAUAAAGCUGGAGGGAGGCCUGGAGGACGAGGAGAUGACGGAGGAGAGGGUGAACGCCAUCCUGGAACAAGUGCGGCAAGCAGAAAAAGUUGUGUGUUCAGUUCCAGGUUGGAGAGGAGAGACGUCCGACGCAGCCGCAGAGUCAUCAGCAGCUCAGGGGCCCGAGGGGGGGAGCCCUGACAGCCUGGCGGAUUCACUGGAGCAGCCGCCGCCUCCGACCUCCAGACAGAACGGAGGUCACAGUGACGUAGCUCAGGAGAAGGAGGCCAAGAGGAAGGAGGACAGCAGCACCGCGGGACCCAGCAGAGGACGGGACGAGGCCGGAGACAGGUCCCAGCACAAAGUCCAGGGAGAGGAGGCCAGAAACAUUCCUGGAGAGUCUGUGACGGAGGAGCAGUUCACAGAUGAGGACGGGAAUCUGGUCACCAGAAAAGUGAUCAGAAAGGUUGUGCGCCGCGUGGUCUCCUCAGAGGAAAGAGAAGCCGCUGGUGGUGGUGGUGCUACUGGUGCUGCUGGUGUUGGUGCUGGUGUAGCAACAGGUGGAGCAGACGCUGCUUCUCCUCCUCCUGGAGCAGGAGCCUCGGGGGGGAAGGGCAAGAAGAGAGGGAAACGCUCCAGACAGGGUCACAAGGCGGAGAGGUCUGGAGAGGAGGCCCAGAGAGGGAAACCCGAGUCUGGAAACGGCGGCAACAAGAAACAAGGGAAGAAGAGUCAGUCAUAACUGUGGAGCUCUGAACUGAACCUGGUCCUCGGACGUCCACCUGCGACACCACUCUCGCCCUUCGGAGGAGAAACGGACUCAAGUCCCUGAAAAACAAAGACGACGCCUUGUCAAUCAGCCAAAUCACGUGUCUGACGCUUCCCCCCCCCCCCCCUCUCCGACGCAUGGUCUUCUUCCACGAGACGACGCAAAAAAACAACAAGUUACUUUCCUUUGAUUUCGCAUGAGCAUGUCACCAAAACUCACUCUCUCACUGUCCGGGAGGCGACGCCCCAAGGACACGCACGCCGGACGUGAGCUGGAAACUUUCUGUCGUCUUUCACGACUGAACGUGAAUCGUCUGAGGACAAAGACGACGUCGACGGGGAACUGAACUAAAAGAAGACGUGCGAUUCACUCUCUCUCUCUCUCUCUUUCUCAGACACUCGCCUUAUAUGGUCUAUUUUCUCCUCCUGGACCCCCCCGUGUUGGGCUGUACCACGUUGUUCUUUGAAAAAAAAAAAUCAAAAAGAGAUAUAAUAGUAAAUGGGGGGGGGGGGGGGGGAUUUUGUUGUAUAUAAAUGACACUGUAUAAAAAAUCUUUUAAAAAAAAAGUUAAUCAGUAGCUUCACAGAUUGUUUAUGCACUGAUUUGAGUUGAGGCUUCGCAGAGUGGAUGCGUUUGUACCGAGGUUGAUGGCGUGCUCUUCUCCCAAAGGCAAACCAGUAAACAAAACUCUAUGGGAAACAAAAUGGGACAACAACAACAACAAAAAAAAACCUGCUUGAUUUCAAACGGACGUUUCUUUAAACAGCUUCUCAAAUGAUGAUGUUGCUGCAUGGGACGUCGGGGUUACUUUAACGCUUUUACUUUUUACGUUUCUGCCCUAAUUCAACGCACUGUAAUGGGAUCUGGUAAUUCUGUCACAAUAACUCAACCACCUGUCAUCUAUUACUGUUUUUAAUUUUUUAUAACACACACAGACACACACACACACACACACACUCCGCACUAAAGCAGCAAAAUAACAAAGCUUCAUUUUUACGCUUCAGCAAGUUACUGAGUGUCCCUGAACGUAACCUGCACUCAGCUCCAUCCCGCUCGCAGCCCCCCCCCCCCCCCCCCCCCUGUGUGUGUGUGACAUUAAAUAAAACCUCUUCCUGUGUCUCGUCUAUCAAACUAGAAGUGUCGGCUUUUACGUCUGCUGUGGUUUUUUUAACAAGGGGACUGUUUUAUUUUGAAGGUUUGAUGAUUUCUAUCUUUAUUUCCUUUUACACUAGAACAGAGAAUUGCAUUUUUUUUAACCCCGUCACUCGCAGCUGAUCCUUUUUAUUAACGACUAAAAAUCACCACAAAAUAAAUCAGUGUUGAUCAAACAUUUAAAAAUAUCGGAUUUUCUGUUCUUCUGUAAAUCUGUUUUACUUUAUUUUUCCAUUUUGUCUUUUUUUUCAUACAAAGCCACCGUAAGAAUCCAUUGUUGAUGAUAACUCCGGUACCGACAUGUAUGAUGAACCGACAUAGCUUACACUGGAUGAUCCAAGUAAUUAUUUAAGCAGAAAAAUAAAUUGUGUUUAAACUACA